CCGCGCCGCAGUGUCCGCUCGACCGGCCGGCAGGCACGGCAGCACGGCAGGCAGGGCAGACCCUCGCCGUCGAGUCUCACGGCCUCCUCCUUCCUCCUCGAGCCCGUCAACAUGGGGGCCAUCUUCAUCGACGCCGAGCACUACGUCAAGGGCUCCCUGGACCGGGGACGUCCGCCAAGGGCGCCAAGGACACGGAGACGCCCGUUUCGAAUUUGGCGCCGCUGCCCGCGUCGUCCUGCCGACACAAGGCGACCCGAAGCAGCGGUCCAGGAAUGAACGUCUCCCAGUGGCUCAAGGGCUUCCUGUUGACGGAGGGGCACUGUCUGGAGAGUGCGGGUUACUUGAAACGCGCCAGCACAGAUCAGCUACAGGAUAUCUUCAACAAGUAUGCGUCCGAAGAAGUUGAUGGGGUCAAGUAUAUGCGAGCUGGUGACUUUAUUCAGCGGUUCUUAGGCUUCAUCCCUGAUAAGGACUUCAACGAAGAAUCUGUUAAAUUAUUAGGUGGCAUUGUUGAUACCAGCAAAGAUGGACUCAUAUCAUUCCCGGAAUUCCAAGCCUUCGAGGGGCUUUUGUGUGUCCCUGAUGCUUUGUACAAAACUGCCUUCCAACUAUUUGAUACAAAUGGAAAUGGAAUGGUCUCAUUUGAUGAAUUUGUCGAAGUGGUUCGUAAAACAACCCUUCAUCAGCGCAUGCCAUUCAACUUUGAUGGAAAUUUCAUUAAGCUCUACUUUGGAAAAGACAAGAAGAGACUCAUCUCUUAUUCUGAAUUCAGUCAAUUUCUUCAUGAUUUCCAUGAGGUAUAUGCUAUGGAAGCUUUCCGAAAAUCUGACAAGGAUGGUUCUGGAUUCAUCUCAGCAAUGGACUUCCAAGAUAUUAUGGUGUCUAUCAAGAGCCAUUUGCUCACAAAGGAUGUCAAGGCCAACCUUGUUGCUGCUGCAUCCGGAGGAUCUGGUGGACACCGGGUGAGCUUCCCCUAUUUCAUGGCCUUUAACUCUCUUCUCAACAACAUGGAACUUAUCAAACGUAUCUACCUCAAUGCAACAAAUGGAAACCGAAACCAAGAAGUGACCAAAGAGGAAUUCCUUCAUUCGGCUCAAAUGAUGUCGCAAAUCACUCCCCUCGAGGUUGACAUUCUCUUUGUCCUUUGCCAUCUGCUUCAUCAGACAAGCCGUAUAGUUUACAGCGACCUUCAGUCAAUUGCACCUGAACAAUACUUCAAGCAAAUCACAAAUCGUUUAGCAGAGAUCAAGGCUGUUUCAAGCCCUGAAGAGCGAGGAGCAGUUACCCAAGUUUUGGAGAGUGCCUAUCGUUUUACACUGGGAUCUAUUGCUGGAGCGGUUGGAGCUACUGCUGUUUACCCUAUUGAUUUAGUAAAAACUAGAAUGCAAAAUCAGAGAUCAGGUUCUUUUGUUGGGGAGUUGAUGUAUAGAAACUCAAUUGAUUGUUUCAAGAAAGUCAUACGUCAUGAGGGUGUAACUGGACUCUAUAGGGGUCUUGUCCCCCAGCUUAUGGGAGUGGCUCCAGAAAAAGCUAUUAAGCUCACGGUAAAUGACUUAGUGCGAGACAAAUUCACUGAUAAAAAAGGCAACAUUCCACUUUGGGGAGAGAUUCUGUCAGGUGGUUGUGCUGGAGGAUCCCAGGUAAUUUUCACAAAUCCUCUUGAAAUUGUGAAAAUCCGUCUGCAAGUGGCUGGAGAGAUAGCCAAUUCAACAAGAUUGAGUGCUUGGUCGGUGGUCAGGGAGCUGGGCUUCUUUGGAUUAUACAAGGGUUCUAAAGCAUGUUUUUUGAGAGACAUCCCAUUCAGUGCUAUCUACUUCCCUGCUUAUGCACAUGUUAAAGCCAAGCUUGCUGAUGAAAAUGGUUACAACCACCCCCUCACUCUACUUCUUGCUGGUGCUAUAGCAGGCAUACCUGCAGCAUCUCUUGUUACACCAGCUGAUGUCAUAAAAACUCGUCUCCAGGUGGUGGCGAGGCAGGGCCAGACCACUUACAAUGGUGUGAUUGAUGCAUUUGGCAAAAUCAUGAAAGAAGAAGGCCCUAGAGCUUUCUGGAAGGGAUCAGUGGCACGAGUGUGUCGUUCAUCCCCUCAGUUUGGUGUGACAUUGCUCACCUAUGAAAUUCUCCAAAGAUUAUUCUAUGUUGAUUUUGGUGGCACGCGACCUGCUGGCUCUGAACUCAAUGUGCCUGCCGUAGGAAUUGCAGAUGAAGUUAAAUCAACUAAUCCUGACCAUGUUGGAGGAUAUCAAGUUGCUCUCCCAAUAUUCCAGGGCAUUGAGAGCAAGUUUGGCCUUUGUUUACCAAAGUUCCGAACGGGUUACAUCCCUGUUAAACCAUCUUCAUAGUUUCUUUAAUGUUAAUGUGCCACUGGAUAUUUAUAAAGUGAGGCCAAAAUUUUAAAGCUUUGAAGGUUGUGAUGUUGCCCACUGUUUAAGCCUGUGAUGCAGGGUAUUGUUUUGCUUUGGAGAGAAAUGAACGAGUAAUUUACAAAACUGCUGAUAAAGGAAAAAAGUGUAUUUGACAUCAGUCUGUGUGCCUGUUUAAGUAUUCCUAAUCUCACUAUACAGAGUCAUAGGUGAAUUGUAUUUUCUUCCCCUUUCUCAUUUUUUAUGAUCAAGCAAUAUCCUGUUAAUACUAUGUCAUUGUUUGCAUUCUGUAUGAACAAAGUGACUCCUUGUAUAUCAUGUCUGUUAAAGUUACAUUUAAAAAGUUUAUAUGAAAAACACAACAAACAAUGAUGUUUGGAAAAAAAAGUGAAACCAGGUUCCUUAAAGGAUAUUAUCGAUUCUUGUUGAAUUAUUUGUUUUUAAUGUAUUGGUUACAUGUAUUUGCACCAAUGGUCGUGCUACAAUGCCCAUUUCACCUUAAAGUGUGAAUAAUCUUUAUUUUGUUUCUCUUAAGUUCAGAUGUCCGUACCAUGUCAAAUUUUUACUUAUCUUUCUUACAAAUACUGCUCUUUCGAUAAAGAUGCACUGACCCAAGUAAAAUUUAAGUAUUGUGGUGAUUAUUUGCUACAAUAUGAUUGUUUUGUAUUUUGUAAUCUAGUUUGUAAUUCAUCUCCAGAAACAUUUGAGAUUUGUUGUUCUUUGUUAGAAUUCAUAUUGCUGUAGGCAUUUCGUCCAAUGCAAUGAGCCUUGCAUAUAAAUAAAAAGGCCGCCAAAUUGUAAUUUUACCAAAUUGUAAUUUUACCAAAUUACAAUAUUUUAUAAUUAGCUACAUAAUAUUGUGGGAUGGUAGUCUUUUCAAGUGGAGCUAUUGUGUUCCUAUUUUUAACACAACAAUUUAUUUAUAGGGAUAAACUGUAUCUGGGCCUCAGGAUGUAAUGCCAUUUACCUCAGGGUUUUAUCAGUCACAUUAGUGUAGCUAGUAAGUCCUGUUCUUUGUGAUAUUUCAUACUUUUUUUUUUUUUUACCGGAGGAUGGAUUUUUGACAGAUAUAAUUGUGAUUUACUAGUUCUUGUGGGGAGUUUGAACAUGUUCCAUCGCAAGUUUGCUGUAAUGUGGUAAAAAGAGUGAAAAUCACUGAGGUUCAGGGACCUAGGAACCUUUCAUCCAUUGCUUUUGUCAGUCACAUCUUCCUCUUUUUAAACUUUGAUGGCAAAGGAAACUCACCGGCUUCUUUAUGCUUCACAUGUUCUUGGCCAUUGACAAAAAUUCAUUCAAUUGACUUGUAGUGUGAAGAGAGAGUUGUUGAAGUUGAAAUACUCAAGUAUCUUUCGUUUCAUAAUGUUUGGAGAUUCUAUUAUUUUCUUGUUAUUUAUUAUUUCUGACUGUGUUAAAUGUUGGAUUAUCUGGAUUGGAAGUGAUUGGGUUCUAUGCAUUUGAAAAUAUUCCUUAGAAUGUUAUUACAUUUGCAAGUGUGCGCCUGUUCUCCAAGUAUAUUGCAUUUCAGAAAAAUUCUCUGCAGCUGCUUCUUAAUUUUGUUACAUGAGGUCGUAAUUAUUUUUGUCUUGUUGAGAUGCAUGACCCCAUGAUUGUACAAUGCACUGCACUCCUCAGCCAUUGCUAUUCAAGCAAAUAUUGAGAUUCUCAUUUUGCAUUGUUGUCCCAUUUACUUAAGUUACCUAUCUGUGCAGAUUUUUCUGACAUGGUAUUGUACUUGGCUCUUCAUGUUUCUAUUGUCUGUAUUGAUGUAGGCUUUGCUCCUUCAUACAACCCAAGGAAGAUAUUCUACAUUAUUUUUUCAGUUUAUUUUCUGAUAGUAAAUUUAUUGCUUCUGA